UCAUCUAUUAUCAUUUUAAAUAAGACAUGACGUAAUGACUAUAAUUGAUAUAAAUACAAACAAAAUGGCGAAUAUAUCGAAAGAAAAGUUGGAUGAAUAUUACUUAAAACUACUCGAGAAGACUGAGUACAUGAAUAAAGAAAAUAUGCACUAUUUUUCGCAUUGUACUCAUUUAUCAUUAAAGAGAAAAAUCUGUGACAGUGGCAAAUUACUUGGAAAUAGCACAGAGAUGCCACUUAGAGCACCACUUGCAGGCAACAAACGAAUAAAAGGAGUAUGGUUUGAAAUGCAACCAAAACAGUUACCAAAAUAUUCACCUUAUGGAACUAAAAGAUUAAUCAUUCCAGCUGAUAAAUUCAUGUUACAUAUGUGCACAAAGAAAUCAGAUGGAUGCGUGAAAGAUGCACUUCAAUAUUCUGACGACAGCAACGACGAAGAUGAUGAUGAUAAUAUUAAUGAAUAUGAUGAUGAACCUUUGGAGAAAGAUAUGAAUGAUAACAAUGACACGCCCUUUAUCCGCAGUGAACACCAUUUGAGUUUCGCACAUGGUUUGCACGUUAAAGCUAAACAAAUGAACGAACUUCAUGGAUUAAAUGAAACAUUAGAAAAUAAGAAAGACUCGUAUAGUGCAGCAGAGCUUACAGAAACUGUCGCCAGUCUGUGAAAUGAUAACAGUCAUAUCAGAAGCAUUCUACUGUAUACAGAAGAUACUAUCGAAGGGUCAAAGGGACAGAUAAAACAUACGACAAAUGACGACAUUGCUAUGGAGACGAAAAAUGAAUACGAAUUGCGCCCAAACCAUGACGAAAUACUGAUGUUGAAGUUUGCACAAAAUGGGUAUCAUAAUGCGGAAAAUAGCUAGGAAG